AUGUCUAACCUCUCUGCCGCCUUUGGCACCUGUUGGAUUUUAAGCUUGAGGGAAAAGGAGGGCACCAAAUCGGGUGCGCGCCAGCAGGUGGCCGACAGGAAGGUGGUGGCCGCAAAGGAGACGAAAAAGUUGCUGGAGCCCAUCAACUUGCGGCUCCAACUCGUUAUGAAAAUUGGGAAGUACGUGCUGGGCUUCAAGCAGACGCUGAAGAUGAGCAGGCAAGACAAAGCGAAACUGGUCAUCCUGGCCAACAGGUGCCUGGCCUGGAGGCAAUCAGAAAUUGAGGACUACGCCAGGUUGGCCAAAACCGGUGUCCAUCACUCCAGCGGCCACAUGGAGUUGGGCACAGCAUGUGGCAAGUCCUAUAGGGUGUGCACGCUGGCCAUCAUCGACCCCGGGGAUUCUGAUAUCAUUAGAAGCAGGCCAGAACAGACUGGUGAAAAAUAAAUCCCGCAAUAUUUUUCUUUAAUAAAACUGGCCAGAGCUUGUUUAAA